AUGUUUUUUACCGGAAUUCCAGAAUCUAUGGAAGCUGUCAUCAUUAAAGACAAUAAGCCAGUAAUAGACAAAAGUGUAAGAGUGCCCCUCUUGGAUGAUGGUUUUAUCCUAAUUAAAGUCCUUUCAGUAGCUGCAAAUCCAAUGGAAUGGAAACAUAUUGAAUAUCAUAUGGGUCCUGAUGGUUCUGUCCUGGGAUCUGAUGUUGCUGGUAUAGUCGUUGCCAUUGGAUCGGGUAUCCCAUCAGAUGAAUUUAAAAUAGGCGACUGUGUGUGUUCGUUUGUUCAUGGGUCUUCUGUCCGUAUGCCAGGGAACGGUGCAUUUGCAGAAUACUGUGCAAUUGACGCAAAUAUCGCAUUCAAACUGCCUCAAGAUUUUUUAACCAAAAAUGUACCUUCCUUCCCAUCAAAUGAGAAAUAUAUUCGUAUCCCUGAGGGCCCUGUAAACUCAAUUGAAUCGGCAGCUACUAUGCCAGUGGCAUUAAUUACCGCAGGCGCAAUUCUGAUCCAUGAGUUACGAUUAAAAUUAAUCUGGGAACCAAAACAGCCACAAAUCGACUCGCCCAUACUGAUUUGGGGUGGUGCAACAAGUGUAGGACAAAUCUUAAUUCAAAUGAUUAAAAAAUUAAAUGCAUUUUCCAAGAUCAUCGUGGUUGCAUCGAAGAAACACAAUCAAACCCUAUCUAAAUUUGGUGCCGAUUCUAUAUACGACUAUCACGAUGCCGACAUCUUGACAAAGAUUAGAUCUAACCACAAAGAUAUUAGGUAUAUAAUUGAUGUUGUGUCAAAUGAAGAUACAAUUAACCAGGUGUACAAGUGUGCACCGGCGGAUUCUCCAACUACUAUUAUCCAGUUAGAAUAUCUAAACAUCGAACAGAUAGACCCACAGGUGAGGAGAGAUGACGUCAAAAUUAUUGGAACUUUGAUAUAUUUAAUUUCCGGAUACGAUGUAAGAUUAGGUGAAUACUAUUUCCCUGCAAAUCCUCAAUUUAGAAAAGAUUUAAUUAGAUAUAUAAAAUUUAUCAACCCCAAAUUGAUAGAUGGUCAGAUCCAUCAUAUCCCGAUGAAAUUAUAUAAUCAUGGUUUGAAUGAUAUACCAUUAUUUACAAAUAUGAUUAAAAAUGGAGAAACUUAUGGUUACAAACUGGUCACAUCUUUACAAAAUGACCCAGAUGAUAAAAAAGAGAUGAGUGCAGACUAA